AUGUCCUAUUCUGGUUUACACGUGCCUGGGGCUUUUCAUCUUGAGAGUCCCGGCACUCCCCGUCGCCCGGCUCUAAACGCAGACCUCUUCCGCGCACCUGUGGCCGCCUCGCCGUCGAGUUCUCUUUUCAACAUCCCCAAAUCCACCUCACGACAUAGCGACCACCCAGCGAUACCGACACCGGCAAGUUCCUACGCCAAAAGACGACGUGCAACCCCGAGACCUUCGUGGAUAUCUAGCCGCGCGUCUGCGCCUUCGCAUGAGUCGCACACUCCAGUGGCUCACACCCCAGUGGAGAGCUCUUACAGCGCCCUAUUGUCAUCCGCCGGAUAUUUCGGAAGCGCGGGUAGCUUGUCAACCCCGCGAGAGACUGGGCGGAAGGAGCCCUACUACGUACUGGCUGGUCAAAUCGAGACUCCCGGUACACACGAAGUGGAACAAUCGGCUUUUCUGGACGACGAUCUUGGAGUCAACCAUUUAGACGUUGACGAUCGAAGGACUAUGGGAUAUAACUCUACAAUAUCCUCGAAGCGAUCACAUUGCGAGAUGGAAGAAGACCCAUUCUUGACGCAGACCCUUUCGACACCAACCUUGCGAACAGUGGCGAGGCUAUUAUAUACCGAUGUUACAGCACCUGGAAGCCCAAACCUGCUACCUAGGUGGCCGGGCAACGGAUGGACGGCAUUUGCGGUCAACACCCCUAUAAACAUCAUUGGCAAGUGUGUUGGAAAAUGCUGGGAAUUUGUCAAAUCUAGCACGUUUGCGGGUUUCCAAGCUGGCUCAGGAGAUACAUAUCCUGUCCAACCAACCCGCACCGGAAACAGGAUGCCCCGUCGUGUCCCCUCCAACAACGAUCUUACCGCAGGCCUUGGCGUCAGCAAUCCCAUUGUCUCUGGGGACUGUGGAAGUGAAAUUCGCCACCCGGACGUACUCCGGUGUGAGAAGAUCCGGGACCGAGACCCGGCCUCAUCGCCAUCGCGGCCAGCAGUAAAGCGCAGGCAGCUCUCAGGCGUUCCCAGAGCCGCCGAGGACCUGCAACAAUGGGUCAUGGUGGACAACACCACCAGGCCUCAUACUCCUGGUCGCAGGUUCUCGGAAUAUCCUACUGGCGUCGUCCGCGGGGCGAGCCCGAGCCGUAACAACACGCGCUUGUCAGUGUGCCAAGAAAAGCGGCCGUACCCGUCGAGCGAGUUCUCGUUUCCGUCAAAUUACGCAUCCUCCACUGCUACGUCCUACAACCGGCGUAUCAGCGUGCCGGUCUCGCGUCUGGCUGUCAACGCCGGAAGUACCUCCUUAAGAGCAUCGUCUCCAGCUCUGAACCAGCGACCAUCAUCUCGGGUUUCCCAUGCCGGCUCAGCCACCCUGACGUCUCGCCAGCCAGCCAGCUAUGCCACGCCGCGUUCGCCUGCGACGCCUUGUACUGCCCAGUUCUCCCCCGUCGCCACUUCGACCCCCAGCCGCCUGCCUGUGGCAGCAAUACGCACGAGCCCCAAUCCUAACGCCUUCGCUCGUCCAAAGUCAACGGAGCCCGAAAACCGUCGCCAAUCGAUCUCCCUCGCAUCACCAAUCCGGACCCCUAUCAACCAAUGCGACAGUGAAAGCAGAACAAUGAGCAUAGCAUCGUCUUCCUCUUCGACCUGCUCGUCUGCGUCAUCUGUCCGCGUACACAGGCGUGCCCACAGCGCCGUGACGCCGAGCUCACGCCGCCGGUCCAUUAUUCAUGGCGGUGCCACCAAGGAGGACAAAGCUGCCGUCGAGUGCAGCAGCCCUCUGAUCUCUGACAACUCCAAGAAGAUCCUGGCGCAGAGACGCAAGCAGGAUCGCGACACAGACGCCCGUAUGGAGGCGCUCAAUGCCCAGAUGCAGGCCAUGAUCCGCCAGGGCAAGGAAGCACUCGGAACCAGCUUCAUUGUCGAGGAUGACGUCGAAGCUGACGGGGAUGCCCUCAAGGGUGCCUCCACAGCGGGCACUGGGGCUUGGGUCGACGAGGACGACGAUUAG